AUGGAGCGACGACUGCAGCUGCGCACUGGCGCCUUUACGGUCAUGGCGGAACCAAGCUCCGAGUUAGCGUUACAGAUAAAAGACCCUCCAAAGACACUGAAAGCAGACAUAUGGAGCCGUUUUGGAUUUUACCAACAAUCAGGGAGACAUGAUUUGGACAUGUCAUAUGCCGUGUGUAAAACCUGCCGCAGCAAGAUUAAGUACGUCGGGAACACCACCAAUUUAAGGAAUCAUGUUAGCCGUUUCCACCCUGAGUUGCUAACAAUAACACCGGCUGUUGAACCGCCCAGCCCUGCGCAGCCAAGAAUUGAUGCGGCUCUCUCAAUAAUACCUCCCAACUCGGAAAAAGGGAAGAAAAUAACCCAGGCUGUGGGGGCUUUCAUUGCGAAGGAUUUACGACCGUAUUCUGUCGUGGAAAAUCCUGGGUUCAAACACAUGUUAAAGACACUGGAGCCACGAUACAAGGUCCCUGCACGUAGCCACUUCGCAGAACAGGUAAUUCCUGCACUGUAUGAUGAAACCAAAGCCAAGAUAUUAACCUCCAUGAGCAAAGCUAAUUUAGUAGCAAUAACAUGCGAUUCCUGGACUUCAGUGGCAACAGAGUCCUAUAUUACAGUGACGGCACACUACAUGAGCGAGGACUGGCAGAUUAUUUCCCACGUGCUGCAGACGAGAGCUGUUUAUGAGUCUCACACAGGUGCACAUCUGGCAGAGCUACUUUCAGAUGUUGUUUCAGAGUGGCAGCUGUCAGAUAAAGAUAUUGUCCUGGUUACAGACAACGCUUCAAACAUGAUUCUUGCAGCUCAAAUCAGAAAAUUCAAACAUGUCAGAUGCUUUGCUCACACCUUGAACCUGGCAUCACAGCGUGGACUUCGAGUUGCAUCGCUUACCAGGCUUCUGGGAAGAAUCAGACGUAUAUCCACAUUCUUCCAUCGUAGCACGACAGCAAGCCACUGUUUAAAGGUAAAUCAGAAAUGCUUGGGUCUGAAAAAUCAAAAACUACUCACAGAUGUACCAACAAGGUGGAACAGUUCCUACGACAUGGUCCAGAGGUUUUUGGAACAGCAACCUGCCAUUUGUGCCACCUUGUUGUCACCGGAAGUUAGAAAAGGAGAGUCUGACAUCUGCACGCUCAACGAGACAGAUGUAUCUAAUGCUGAAGAUGCUGUCAGUGCAUUAAACGCAAUGAAAGAUGCAACCACACUAAUAUCUGAGGAAAGCAAUCCAACCAUCUCCUUGAUUGCUCCACUCAAGGCACAACUUCUCCAAAACAUGACCAGCAGCAUCAGCGACUCACCCAUGAUUCACGACAUCAAGAAUGCUGUCAGAACAGAUCUCAUGCACAGGUACAGCAGUGAGGCAGAGAAGAAAAUGCUUUGUACAGCCUCGGCCCUGGAUCCCCGCUUUAAAGGAUUACCUUUCCUGACAGAGAAGGAGCGAUCAGAUGUCUACAGAGAAGUGACUGAGGAGGCAACAUGUUUGGAGCAGGAGUAUAUUCUGGCCAUGCACCCAAAAGUUCCGGUGCAACCCGAAGUUCAGAAGGAUGGAACCUCGGCAGACGAUCCCUCGGCUGCUAAAAGAAAGCCUACAUCAUUACUUGUGAGCUUGCUGGGACAGUCUUUCAAUGAUGUUGAGGUUAGUGAAGAAUCCAAGACCCCCUAUGUCAGAGCUGAAGAGGAAAUGGAUAAUUAUUUGAAAACGUCAUCAUUGCCCCUGUCUGAGGACCCUUUAAACUGGUGGAGGGUACACAAGGUUGCAUUUUCUCUCCUGGCUCGACUGUCAAAACGAUACCUUUGCAUCCCUGGAACAAGUGUAUCUGCAGAACGUGUUUUCUCCACUGCUGGAGAUGUUGUCAUGGCCAAAAGAUCUACUCUCAAACCACAGCAUGCAGCAGAGGACAAUGUCGCCUCUUUGCUGAUGACAGCGCGUUAA